AGUCUCGUUGCAUGCAACUUCGCCCGCGCUUCAGACCGGGGUUUUGUAUUUAUCUGAAUUUGUUAUUUUGGUUCAGUGUGUCAGUUCAUUCAAAGCAGUUCAAUCAUACGCAAUCUCGACCAGAGCCUCUGAAUCUGCUUGUUUUACAUAUAUCGUCUAUCCAUCGCUUCGGUGCUUCGGGUGUUUUAAAUAAAUUAAAAUGACUCGCCUUAGAGCUCUGAAUGAGAGUUCAUCUGAUGAUAGUGAAGAGGAGAAUGAAGAGAGGGAAACUAUUGAAGCUCAGGAGGAGCGAGCCUUUUCACUGUACAAGAAGGCUUUGGAACUUCGACAGAACGAAAAUUACUCAGAAGCAGAAAAGUUGUUUAUAUCUCUAUUGAAUGAUGAUUUUUUAGCCGAUGUAUGUCCCGAGGAUCUGCCUUCAGGCGCAGAUGGACUAGUUCGUCCUGCAGUUGCUUUGAAAUAUGCAUGUUUGAAGAACCUAGGCAAUGUGCUUGUUCUUCAGAAACGUCCUGAAGAUGGUCUGAAAUGCUUUAUGCAGGCUGUAGAGCUUGAUGAAUCAGAUAUCACAAUGUGGCAUCAGAUGGGAAGUUUAGCACUUCAAAUAGAUGAUUUCCAGUUAGCAAGCCAAGCCUUCCAAGAGGGUUUGCGGUGCAAUGCUAAUCACUGGCCAUGCUUGGAUUCCCUAUUACCUGUUCUAUAUGCAUUGAAUGACUACCUGGGAUGUUUACUACUUGUAUCCCGAGCCCUGAAUCUUGAUCCAGAAUACCCUCAGGCUCUGGCGCUCCGUGACCAAAUUUUUAAAGAAGAUCCUAGCCUGGUUACCAAUUUUAAGGAAUUCUUCCCAGACGAAAUAGAUGUUUCAGGAUUAAAGUCUAAUUUAGAAGAUGAGACAGCAUCAAGGGCCAUUGCACAUGCAUUGUCCCUUCAAGAACGCUACUUUGUCAAAAAUGCUUUUCAUUCGGAUAUUAUUGUUGACCUGGAAUGCAAAAAAGUUAUUUCUAAACUCUCAAGGAAUACUUGGGAAGAACUCGGUAAAAGUCUCCUUCAAACAUACAAUACCGUUAGCAGCUCUCCAGAUAAGAGCUUCCUACAUCUUGUGGAAAUCACUACUUCAGAGUCUGCAAACAUUAGUGAUGCAGAAGAACUUAAAAAAUUAAAUACUGUAUGUGAUAGUGCCUUAGCCGUAGGAGCUGUUGAUGUAGAAAUUGAAGCUGUCGAUGUAGACAGUGAACAGGAUGGCAAGGGAGAGGACCAAACUGAAGAGGAUGCUACGGAGGCUUCAGGUCUAGAAGAGGAGGUAAAGGGCAGCAGAAACCCUCCUCAAAAUUCACCUGGAUUAAAAAGAAAAAGGAAGCGUAAUUCUACCAAUUUGAUGGAUCAGUGGAGUAAACGGCGUUCGGGUAGACGUGCUGGACGGAAAGUUGAAGAUCGAGAAGAAUCUAAUCUAGCCUCACGCUUUCGUUCCUUUCUUCCUGAAACACUUUUAUCAAAGGAUCUUGAAGCAGAGAUAGCAAAAGCAAGUAAGCGGCGUCCUAUUCGUGAUCUAGUUGAUGAUUGGGGCGAUAACUCAAUGGAUACAGUGGAAUUAUGCCGCCUUCUUCAGGAACGUGAUGCUAAAGAUGAACAUCAGCGAAAAUUAAAGCAAAAUUCGAAGGAAACUUUCUCGGAGCGGUUAAAGCGAGAAAAUUAUUUUGAAACCAACAAUGAAAGCUCAGAUGUCUGUCUGUUUUUGGAACAGUAUUGCUUAGGGACACACAAUAUUAUUGAACUAAUCACUAACUUUAUAAAGCUAUUGGCUGGAAAAAAUUCUAUUACUUGGCCCUCAGGCUUGGUGCCUGUAUACACUGAAGCAUAUGAAUGUAUGAGGAAACAUAUACCUUUCUACUCGCCCUUUAAUAUAUCAGACUCUAAUGACAUUGAUUUGAGAGAUUUGUAUGCAUCAUUGCUAUAUUGUGAACUUUAUGUUGAUUUAUUGCAACAGAAGAACCUCAACAACCAAGAUAUUCUUAGUGAAAAUGGAAUUGUUUUAGCUGAAGCAUUGGGGAAUGUAAUGCUCUUAACCGGUCUGAACCAUAUCUUCUCCUCAACCUCAGAUCAAAGCAUGGUGAUGGUGCGAACCCAUUGGCUGAGAGUUCACUUAUUUCUAUUGCAAGAACACUCGUCUUUGGCAAUACAUUCCUUACAAGAUGUUUUAGAAAGCUUAGAAAUGAUUGAGGCUGAAGAAAAAUUGCAUGAAAAAGAUCGAAUUAGUAAAUCUGAUGGCAAAGCACACAAGGAUGUGCUAGUAGAUGGUUUCAGUUUGGAACAAGGUGUUAAGGUUGAAGGAAGCAGUUUAAAAGCAAAUGAUGAAAAAGAUGUUGAUUCACCUGAGAAUGAAUCCAAUACAGAACAUAGUUCACAAGCCACUUUGGCAAAAGAUGAAGCUGUAUCAAGAAUGGUAUCUAAUUUGUUACCUUCAAACCAGCCUGAAGAAAAAGAAACUUCAAAAUUGGAUCCUACUGUCACAUUUGACCCCUGUGGGAAGAUCUUAGAAGCUACAAGCUUCUUAGAGGAGAAAAAUAACAAGGAUAGCUGUCUUCUGAAGCCAAACCAAGAAGAUGAAUGUAUGGAAAUUUGUACAGAAAACAGAAGAGAGACAGUCUGUCCUGUGGAUGUCACUUCAAAUAGUGGCUAUAUGGCUGAUGAAUGCAUUCCAGAAAAAGUACUUGCUGCAGAUACAACAAGUGGGGCAGUAGGUUCUGAAACUUUACCAGAUUUGAAACUGGAAGAAGUGAAACAUAAAACAUCCAAAACAGCUGAUGUUCAGCAAACUCUCAACCAAUGUGGUUCUCCUUCAGAGAUUCUAGUCACUGAUCAGAAUAUUUCAAUUGAGGAAGUCUCCAUGACUUUAGAACCUCUAAAAGCAACGGACAAAAUUACAGAUGAAGUGCAAGCUGCACUGUCUUCGAAAGAUUCUAAUUCUCCUGAAGAAGUUCAAAAAAUAAAAGAAAGGGUGUCACAAGCUGAACCGGUCUCUGAGGAUUCUGAUUCUGUUAAAAAGAAACAACAGGAACUUUUGGGCGAUGGUGCAUCUAUUGAAUUGACAGAACAUUCUAAAGAAGAAAUUUUAAGUAAUCAGUCUUCACCAAAAUGUGGUUUUACUGAAGCUAUAUGCAAAGUUACAGAAAUGAAAGAGGAGGAAAGAGACUUUAGUAGCUCUUCUACAUCUGCAAAUGUGAUUCCAGCAAAUGAACCUGCAAAGCAACUUUUAAAUGAUACAGAAUGUGUUGAAGUCACAAGUCAGAUUGUAGAAGUAGUACCAGCUAAGCCAACAUGUCAUGCUUCUAGUUCUGGUUCUGAUUUAUGUGACCCAAAUCAGGAAACUAUGGAACAGCUCAAAGAAAACUGUGCAAAAGAAAGUAAGAGCUCUCUAAAUAAGAAAAUUAUUCCCACUACUGAUGAUGAUAUGGCACCAGAAUUAGAAUCAAAUGUGGAACAGAUUGUUGAGAAAUUACCUGUGAACCAAGGCGAUAGUGAGACUGUAUCAAUUGCCGAUGCAGUGGAUGUUUCCAAAAGUGCAGAACCACUUAAAAAUCUCACAAAUCCGUCCACAGUUAGUGAAAGUAAAGCUACAAGGGAAGAAGAAGAAAAGUCCACUGAUUCAUCAGUAACUAUAACAAAGCCAAAGUACCAAAUAUUUCUACCAAACUGUCGUCAUAAUCAAGAUAUCAACAAGAGAGCUGCUCAAAAACUCCUCACUUCUUUAACCAGGCAACAGCAACUGAGCGAAGUUGAUGAUUUGUAUAGUUCUGGUCAGUAUGAAAUCUUAGCCAGCAGUUUGACAGAGUGUUUCAAGUAUUGUGCUCAGCAGACAGACUGUGAAAAUCCUGAAAUUGAUAACUUACCAGACCGCCCUACACAAAUGGCGAUGCUUUUGGACUCACUAUGGCAACUUCAGAGAUACAGUGACUGCUUUUACUGGACUGAAGCAUGUCUACAUGAAGCUUUUAACCGAUAUCUUGGUUCAAGUGAUUCUGAAAACUCCUCUCAAGAUCAUGAUGAUCAACAGAUGUGGGCUACAACUGUUGAAAGACUACUGGCAGGGUUAAAUGGUUGUCUUAAGGUGUCAGACUUAGCAAUUUUGAACAAGCUGCCAAAAACAUGUCUUACUCGUCUUAUUCAAACUUUGACAAGUAUUCUCUGCCAGCAAUUGGAACAAAAUGACUGUUCAGUGGAAAUGGCAAUUGAGUGUACAACUCCAUGGGUUAUUUUGCAUCGAGUCAUCUUUUUUGAAGAACAAGAACUUCCUCUCCGUAAAGAUGUGAUACCCUCACACAUGGGUGUAUUGUUUACUGCUCAUGAAUACAUGGGAAAGAAAUCUUUAUGCUGGCUCAAUGAAGGAAUUCUCCUCCACCUUAUAUUAGAUGUGGUUGUACCCCAGAUACGCACUACUGAACUGAGUAAUGUUCGAGAUAAACUGAUUCAUGAAGUGGAACAAGCUAUUUUAUGUUUGUAUGGUCAUCCAAAGAAGACAAAUGACAGACAAAGAAAAAAAUUGCAGGAUCAUAAAGUUCAUCAGCAUCUAGAUUUGACAUGGGAACGCAGUUUAUUGUUACUCAAAUUUUUUGAGCCAGACGAGCUUCCUUGUUUUGAUUCAACAACCAAGAUUAGUCCUGAUGAGGAGCAACUCUUUUUACGAAUUUUGAGUCUAGUUCCCAUUGACUGCAGUCCAAAACGAUACUUAGAUAAAAUGAAAGCAUAUUUAGAGGGUACUGUUGAGACUUUUCCAGACAUACAGUGCUCCAUUCCUAAAGCUGCGGAAAAUUUAUACUACCUUCUAGCUGAUUACUAUUUAAAAACAUUUAAGUGGGAUGCAGCAAUUAGGUUUUAUAUGUUAGACGUCUGUAUCAAUCCCCAUCGUUUUGACUCAUGGGCAGGUAUGGCUCUUGCAAGAUCCACACAGAUGUUUCAUGAUAUCAAUUCCUGUGACACUCUUAACAAGGAUCGCCAACUCUGCCGGAAAAGGAAAGCACAGCAAUGUUUUCAGGUGGCCGUUGAUUUGGUUCCUGAAAAUACUGUCAUGCUGAUUGAGUAUGGAAACUUUGCCUACACAGUGCACUCAUUUUGUUCUCGUCUCCUGAAAACAGAAACUGAUGGUUUAAGCAUGGAAAUGUUCACCAAAAUUGAGGAGGAAAAAGAUAAAAUGCUAGCCAUUACUGAAAAAUGUUUUAAGGCUGCGGAAAGACUUGACCAUGAUGAAAGAUGGCUUCAGCAGUUCAUGUUAGGGAAAGUAGCAGAAAAACGAGGGGAACGUCCUAUGAUAUUCUUACAACAUUAUAGACAAGCUGCAAGGCUGUUGUUUGAAUCUAACGCAGAGUAUCCUUUGAGUCUAAACUAUGACCCUCCUCAGCACUAUGCUUUUGAAGCACACGAGGUGCAUUAUCGUCUGCAUGCUUCAAUCUUGAAGAGCUUAGAGCAGAUGGAGGGAAAGAUUUUGAGUGAGGAAAUUGAAAGACUGUACAAGGAAACUCUUGAAGAGGCUGCCAAAAGUCCAUUUAUGGCCCCUCGAGCAACGCCUCAACUUUUCCUGAAUUCAAAGAGGGUUUCCCUAGACCCACUGGAGCAUAUGGGAAAGAAAAUUAAGUUGGAUGAUUCUGUAGUUGUUGUUGAUCAUGAGGAUUGCAAAGUAAUUACAGCAGAUACAAAAAGUGGUUCACUGCAAUCUGAUCAAGCUACUAUUGAAUCACAUGCACAGGAGGGUGGUCCAUUGAAAGAAAGAGCUGAGGUUGAUUUGCGUUCAUCUUAUCCGUUAAAGAUACCAUCUCCAAACAGUUCAAUUGAUGUAAAGUUAAAACAAAAUGACAUGUCCCUUUCUAUGCCUCACACUGAGCAAGCUGUCAGUAUUGAUCCUGGGGCUUCCUUUACUUCUAAAGAAAAUUCUGAUCUUGAGGUAAAAAAGAAGUCUUCAAAUGCCACCCAUCAAUACACAGAAGUGGAAUCUGAUGUGGGCUUAGUUGAGCCAGCUGUGGUCCCCCUCAGUAACAUGGAGAAGAAUGUUAAAAGUUCAUCUGUUGAGGAUCCAAAACAGAUCACUGUAUCUGAAAAACCUAAUGAAAGAGAAGUGGACCCAAGUAAAAGUAAGAACUUACAGCACAUUUCUCUUGUGAGCCCUGAGACCAAAUUUGAACUAUUCCCCUAUAAUGACCCACAGUAUGUCACCUCUAACUCUAUUAGAAAUUUGAAUUUCUUUGGUUUGGGUAUGGGUGUUGGUAAUGUGGAUUUAAGUAGACAAAAAAUGCAUGGCCUAUCUUCUGUAGUAGCAGAGCAUGACUAUGCGGCACCAUAUACUGAUGCUGAGCAAAACCCAGCUGUCCAAAAAUUGAGCGAUUCUAGUGUCAGCCAAUGUGAAGAAGGAAACAAACAUAUCUACUCGCAUGAUCAGUUAGACUCUGGUUUGAACUUAAACCUUCUUUCUAGUAGAAAUAGGGACAAGUUACGCGACUCUGUAUCUAUCGCUUCCUGUGAUAAUGUCCCCAAUGUAAGUAAUUAUGAGCUUGUCAUUGGAGAGAGUGGGCUUAGACAAGAACAAGAACUAUCUACUCUGAGUGUGAAGAACAGAAAGCAAACGAGGAGUAAUAAUCUAAAAAUAUGUUGCAAUCGUGCCACUGGAUUCAGUGGGGUGGGCUCACCUGUUGAUGGUUGUGUAUCUAUUUCUGAAACUGCAAUUCAAGAAGCAGUCCCUUUGAAAACCAAAGAUUCCUCAGCAACUUCAAAUGAUAAAUCAGACAGCUCAUCAGCCUCUUCUGGAAGUUCAUCUUCUGAUGACUCUAGCAGUGAGUCUGAAAAUUCUAAAAAUGAUAAAGAAUGUCAGGAUAAAACUGUUUUACAGGAUUCAUCAAAGAGCAAUAAACAAACUCCAGCACCCAUAGUAACCAAUGAGUUGGUCGCACCUUCAAGUCAAAGAAGCUCAGAUCAUACAGAUUUGAUUAACCAAUGUCUAGUUGGUAUAGAAGAGUGCUUAGUACGAUAUCCUCGACACUAUAAGUCUUUAUACAGAUUGUGCCACUACUAUUUUCAUUCAAAAAGAGGCCGCAAUUUACUCAAAUGCCGUCAACUUCUGCUGACUGACUAUCGAGUAAUGAGAGCCAACAGAAACAUUAAUAUUAAUGGUCUAUUCAAAAGUGGAAGCAUAAAUACAAUGUUUAAUGAUGUGUGGCGUAUGCCAAUCGAUGAAAUUGACCGAGCUGGUAGUUUUGCUUCCCAUAUGAGUCGUUGUGUUCAUCUUUUUAUGGAGCUAUUGCGAGCUCAGCGGGAUCAUGCAACGCUCCUGAAACUUUGUAUCUUUCUCAAGAGAGAUCCCGAAAAAAAGGACAAGAAAUACUUGCGGGACAACGAACGAGCUGAUUUGUCAAAACAAGCACUUGUCUUGUGUUUGGCUGCAAUGCGAGAAAGUGUUAAUUUAGUACGAACUACAGACAAUGUCAUUGAAUUGUUCCGAACUGCAAAAGAUGGCAUUAAAGAGAUGCCACAAAAAGAAGGAACUUUUAAGACUUUACUAAGCGAUGCAUACAAGAAAUUUAAGGGCAUACAGGUGGAACAAUCUCUCUAUGAUGAUGCUGUCAACUUUUGCCAAAGUGAACUAAGCAGCCGCAAAGCAGCAGCUGAUUUCAAGUUAAAACAGACACAAGAUAGAGCCAAAUUUGCACAACUUCAAGCACAGAUGCAAGCCCAGGCACAAGUUCAAGUUCAAGCCCAGGCACAAACUCAGGCGCAAACCCAAGUACAAGCCCAAGUACAAGCUGCUCAAGCAAUACAGAUGGGAGUGAAUACAAUGUCUUCAACCCUACCAUUCAACACAUUACAAUCAAGGUUCCCCACAGGAGUCAAUGCUUCCCUUGGAAAUGCCUUGGCUUCUCCGUUGUUUCUGCCUCAAAUGCCUGUUUACCGUGGUCGCGGUCGUCCCCCGAAAGUUCAGCAACAAACGCAACAACAACUUCACAAUGCUAUGAUGAUGGCUCAAAUGAUAGGUUUGGCGAAUGCUGCUCAUUCCUUCCCAGUUCCUACAGAUUCAUCAAAACCCAAGCUUAUGAAACAACAGAAGCAGCGCCGAGUUCAGCAACCAACUACUAGUGGUCCAAGUACAGUCGUUUCAUCAAUCAUUAAAGACCGGCCAGCAUUAUCCAUCACAACUUUACCCAAUUCUGGCUCUACUACCACUACAACUUCCUCUAACAAUGGUGCACCUGUAAGAACAGGAAGCCCAUAUUCUCAACCUCCAGUCCGCCCUGGCCUAAGUGGUGUGGACAUACUGCCUACUGGCCAGUCAGUUUGGCAAGCAAGACCACGGCACACUUUUCCAAGACCAAUGAAUACCCCAUUACCUGGAAACACUGAUCCUAGAAGUAAUCUUAAUUCAAAUGCGAUGCGAAGAGAUGGCCCAAAGCUUAAAUCGUUACCAAAGGGUAUGCCCGGAAACAGUGUUACUCCUCGAUCAUUUCCGACUCAAACAGCAGCAAGGUCUUUUGGAACCCCUUCUCAAUCAAGUAAUCCAGUAUCACUUCUUUCACGGUUGCCAGGUCUGCAAGUUAAACAAAAUCCUCAACAAGGGUUUGGGAUGUAUUCUGAAUCCCAAAGUAAAGCCCUGAACACUCAAGAAAGAGCAGCAGCUGCAGCUCAACAGCAACUUGAUAGAUUACAGAAACUUCAAAUGGCAAGUUCUCAAUCAUCUAAGCCAGCAGUAUCCAUUAGUAAAGUUUCUGCAACCUCAUCACAAGCAGCAGUAGAUAAUAAUGUUGCUGAUGGAAGUGAAACAAAAAAAAGUAACGAUCCCAACUUUGACGUCAUUGUUUUAGACUGACAUUAGAUUUUUUUACCACUCUAUGUCUGUCUAUUUAAAAUAAAGCUAUAUGCUUGUUAAGUCUGUGAUAUUUUUCUUACUUUGUUUCAACACAUUCUAGAUUUAACAUUUUCUCCUUUAAGUGUAUUUUAAUUGAUCAGUUGACUUACUGUUUAAUUUGUGUUUGUCUGUGUAUUGGACGAAUGAGUUAAAGGUCAAUGAUAACUGAUCAUUUUGUAUUUAUAGAAUCCAAAAAUUGUAAUUAUUUUUUUAUUGAAAUUGUAUAAAAAGUAUUUAAAGGAACAUUGUAGCUAUAAUAAUAGGAAAUUUACAGUUUUUUUUCUGUGAAAGCAAUAAAAAGCUAUCAAAGCUGUUGGAAUGAUUGA